CAGUCUUUUCACCGUUUUCCAUCUACUUCUACUUUUUCGCACCAUCACCUCCGACCAUCCCAUACGCCACAGGUUCCCGACUUUGUACGCUCCUUUUCGAAGUUGCAAGAAACAAAUCGGUUUUCACGACUCGAAGCGAACUAUAUCGACUUUUUUUUUUAAUUCACCAUAAAUUGAUUAUUCCACACGCUUGUUCUUAUUCCGUCGUGUGUCCCGCCAAUUCGACUGAACCCCUCCAAAUUUCCUGCUCGCCCGGACCUCUGUUUCCGCAUCCGCCGCAACCGCAAACCUACCGCUUGGUUCGCCUCCCCGAAACAUCAUUACUUGAUUUUGAGCUGCAAAACCGCACUCAGAAUCCCCGAAACCGCCGUCUACGAGGGCGCUCGAUUCCACCGCACGACAACGCGGCCCACAAAGAAUUCAAACCCGCAGAACGUUCACGCCGAUCACGACGACGACGACGACGACGAUUUGGGGGUGGGCACGUCGGGGUGGCUUUCUUCUACGAUGAACUCGUAGUAAUCGGAUCUCAGGAAUUCUUUUUUUUCUCUUUACUUUUUUUUACUUCUAUUAUUAUUUCCUUUGACCUUUUUUUCUUUUCUCCUGUAAGAAAACGUCGCCCAACCAGCGGAUGCGAUCCCUUGAACGCUACCGACGGCCGUUUGACCUCGACUCGUCGCCUGCUAUGGAAACUGGUCACCACAAGAACGGCCGCGCGCAGCCGAUGCCGGUCACCGCCGCACACAUCCCGUCGCGGACAGCGAAUAGCACCCCGGUUUCGUCUCCAGGACUAUUUAGUCCGACGCCUUCGCGUUUGAAUAUGCUCAUGCACCAGGGUCACACCAUGUCUGAGGGCACGUCACCGCUCCCUGCAAACUCGAGCGAGUUCUUUUUACACCCUUUACAAAUUCGCAAAGUUCGAGAAACGUAUACCGCAAAUGUAGAUCGUGACGGCACAACUGGGCGAAAGCUCAUCAACCAGUAUGAAGUCAUGGAGGAGAUUGGUCGUGGUCAGCAUGGCAAGGUAAAACUGGCCCGGAACACCACGACCGGGGAGAAUGUUGCCAUCAAAAUUAUCCCGCGUUACUCCAAGAAGCGCAGACUGGGAAAGGUCACGGCCGAGGACCCUGGGAGGAACACAAAGCGGGAGGUUGCCAUCUUGAAGAAGAUCCGUCAUCCGAAUGUCGUAGCCCUUCUCGAAGUAAUCGACGACCCGGAACUUAAAAAGAUCUACAUGGUCCUCGAAUACGUCGAGCAUGGCGAAAUUACAUGGAGGAAGAAGGGUCUCCCUCAUAUUUGCAACCUAGAGCGCCGACUAGUGGAACGAGGCGCCCGUGGAGAACCGCCUUCCGCUGAAGAGGAGUACUUGUUGCGUCAAAUGGAACGUCGACAGGCGAUGAAAGGGUUUCAGAGGGCAAAGGCUGCACAAGCGAGCUCCAGCCACGACCAGGCGGCCUACGAGGACUACGAAGGGGAACCGACGCGAUCAGACGAACACCGGUGCACAUAUCCGUCUCUUCCCUGUUCCAGGGUUACUUCGCCGCCGCCUUCCCGCUCAACCUCAGCCAUGUCUCUUACGAACUUGCCCGUCUCACAACCGUCCGACUUCGACAUGACACCCCGUGCUGGUGAUAUGGAAGAACAGCACCUAUCAUCUCUACGUCACACCUCGUCCUCGUACGAUCUCAACGGCACGAUGUAUGGCAUCUACGGUGGACGUGGAAACGGAACAUCGUGCAGUCGGACACGCUCCCCUAGUAUGGCCGACUCGAUUAUAUCGCACCUCUCAUCUGCAGAUAUGGAGGAGUCAAGCCCUCACGACCCUUACGUCGAUGACUACUCCUAUGUGCCUUGCUUCACUCUGGAAAAUGCCAGAUCUGCUUUCCGGGACACUGUUCUUGGCUUGGAGUACCUCCACUACAACGGUGUUGUCCAUCGUGAUAUCAAGCCUGCCAAUCUACUGUGGACCAAAGAUUUCCGGGUCAAGAUUUCAGACUUCGGUGUGUCCUACUUUGGACGACCGGUAAGAGAGGGAGAUGUUGAUGAGACAGUGUCCGAGGCGGAAGCACUGAACUUUGACGAUGAUCGCGAGCUCUCCAAGACUGUGGGCACACCUGCCUUCUUUGCCCCUGAACUGUGUUACACAGAUCUCGACAAGGAGCCCCCCAAGGUCUCCGAGCAGAUUGACGUUUGGUCGCUUGGUGUUACACUUUACUGCAUCGUCUUUGCACGUAUACCAUUUUUGGCCCAGGACGAGUUUGCGAUGUUUAAGAAGAUUGCAACCGAAGAUGUAUACAUUCCUCGGCAACGCCUACGACCCGUGACCCCUUUCACGGACCCCAGCAAGGUAUCUUUUCAGAAGCGGGUAAACAUUGAACCGUACAGGGACGAUGAAGAUGCUGCCUAUGAGAAGAUCGAUGACGAUUUGUAUGACUUGCUUCGACGAAUGUUGGUCAGGAACCCCGAGGAGAGGAUUCGACUUGGUGAGGUCAAAGUGCACCCUUGGGUUACAAGAGAUAUUCCAAACCUGGAAAACUGGCUCAAAGACACCGAUCCCUCCAGGAAGAUGUCUGGGAGACAGAUCGAGGUCGACGAGAAGGAAAUUGGCCGUGCCGUUGUGCCUCUUACCUUUCUCGAGAGGGCAAAAUCUGCAGUCAAAAAGGCAGUCGGCAAAGUCAUUCACCCCAGAGGCGAUCGCCCCGAGCAUUCAAGGAGGAGAGCACAGAGCAGUGCAGCCAGUUCCGUUGGAGAGAAUGGUUCUAUUGCGUCCUCGGCGCAUCCGGCAGAUAUUCCUAAGAAAAGUGUCAAAAGCGAAGACUACUUUGCCACGGUGACUCAAAUGCCCAGCGAGCACCCGCUGGCGCAAAGCCUGACUGCCAGUCCGCGAGAGUCCCCUUUGGGGCAUAGCCCGUCAGGUAGCGCCCCCGUUGGUGGGAGAACACCCAGACAUACCAAUGAAUUCAUCUCAGUGGCUCACGACACAACGGAAAAGCCGAUGCCAGUUGCCCCGACACCCAGUCAUCAUGUUAGGAGGCAUGGGCAUGCUCGGUCUAUGGGUGCCAAUCCCUACUUGUGCUUGACCCCCAGCUUACACCAGUCGUACACCGUUCCAUCAAGCCCUCUUCCCCGAGAGAUGAUAGAGGAGCGCAGCAGACUGUAUCACCGGAAAAGCCGAGAGACCAACAUGCCAUCGGAUGACUCUUCUCGAGCCCUUUCAAUGGACCGUGCCGGCCUGGUUUUCCCUCAUACGGAUAAACAUGCAGAAGCAAAGGUAGCGCUCAGCCACGCCGUCGCCCCGGGCAGCCUGCAACAACCACCACGAUCUCCCCGCCACAUCCGCUCUAUCGACGUCAUGGGAAGUUCUCCUUACGUAUCCCCUGGAUUCAUGUCAUCUCGUAUGUCCCAGCUUGGCCAACCAAUGUCCGACUCGAAUAUCCAAGCCAAGAGCCUGCCGCGAGACGACUCGGAAGACCGAUUUGCAACAGUAUACCGCGUCGAGGCUGGUGUCCCAAGGGCUCCUCAGUACGAACGGCAGCCGCUGACCAUUCAGACCAGCGUUGAUGCGUCAAGGGCCAGCCAGCCAUCACCAGACGACUCUCAACCAAUGCCCCGAUCACGCGAGCAGACUAUAUCAACUGUCGUCUCCUCAAGUGUCACCUCGCUUGGUGGGAUGUGUACUACACCUAUGACUAGCCCCAGCAUAGUGGCUAGCCCUGUUUUCCAUGCCACCGCGACCAACACACGAGAUACCACCGAAUCGAUGCCCGUGUUUCAGUCUGAUCCAUCUCUGCCGGCAUUGAUGAGUGGCGCCAGCUCCGUGUCGGCCGAUGUUGAAGGAGAUUUCCUCAAAAAGCCGGGUGUCGUGGAUCGGUCAUCGUUUAUUGCCACGACCGACUCGUUGACACCACCUGCACCCGGCAAGGCUCUCGAAGACUUUCCGCUGGAUCAACCUGAGCUGGACCACGCCGAGAUCAUCCCGGUUCAAAUCAGUCCCGCAUUCUCUAGCCACGGCGUUCGUAGGCACGCGCCCGCGCCUACAUCCAACAAGGCUUCAUACUUGUCCAACAACGACAUGGACGAUGAUAGCGACAGUGACGAUGGCAUGCUUAUGAUCAAGACCAAGAAGAAGGCCGCGCCCAGAAGCCCGACCGCCUCUCAACAACCUUAUACCCCGACGGGAAGUUUGGCACUCACCGCUAGGAGGCGUGACACGAACACCAGUAUUGCCAGUACGGAAACCGCGAGGAGAGUCUCGCAAUACAACUAAAGUACGCUUGAACUCAACGACCAAUCCUCACUACGCGUGCACAUACACACACACACACUACGAGUGGAUAUUUCUGAAUAUCCAUGUCUCGCACACAGCAACAGCUCAAACUCAC